AUGCGUGGGUUGACGAUGAGCACGAUCAUCAAGUCUUGUCGAACCUCACUGGCGAGUAGCAGCCGGCCUAGCAAAGGAGGGCCCCAAGACGCAGGCACAGCAGAGGCCUCACCGGAUACACUUCCUUGCCGCUCCUCUCUUGAUGAGUAUCGACUUUCAGAGCCCCAUGGUGGCUGGAGACGAACCGUGUAUAGGUCCCUGGAAGCUACUAACGCUCGUAUCAGAUGGUUUUCCGUCGUUAUGGGGACUGGGAUGAUUUCCACCGCCUUAAAUACUCUUCCUUAUAAUGGUCGCUGGCUUUAUUGGAUUUCCAUCGUCGUCUUUGCCCUUAAUGUCGCCAUCUUCGCAGUGUGCAGCAUUCUGAGUGUGCUCCGCUACAUUAUGUACCCGGAGACCCUUAACACUAUCAUGAAUGAACCAGCUCAGUCAAUGUUCUUGAGUACGUUUCCCAUGGGACUAGCGACCAUUGUGAACAUGGUCUGCUUUGUGUGCGUCCCGGCGUGGGGAAACUGGACAAGAGAUCUCGCUUGGGCCUUGUGGAUGAUUGAUGCUUUCCUUUCAGUUAUCUCCGCAUUAUACCUGCCAUUCUCACUAAUGAUUUCAAACGUCGAUGCACAGCUGUCCUCGAUGACUGCGAUCUGGCUCUUGCCAAUUGCAAGCUGUGUCGUGGCUUCAGGGACUGGUGCAGUCGUUGCAGACCUCCUUUUGGAUCCUAAUUAUGCAUUAUGGACUAUUAUCGUCAGCUAUGUCCUAUGGGGAGUCGGAAUUUGUUUGUCGAUGAUCGUCUAUGUGAUCUACUUUCAACGGCUUACCGUGCACAAAUUGCCGCAUAAGGGUGUUAUCAUGAGCGUGUUCUUGCCGAUGGGACCUUUGGGAUCUGGCACAUUUGCGGCCAUGAAACUCGGCACAGCUGGGAAGACUCUCUGCCCCUCGAUAGUUUAUGUCGUAGGCGCAAUGACCGCACUAAUCCUCUGGGCUUUUGGUCUUCCUUGGCUUUUCUUUGCCUUCGCAUCGGUGUUGAAGUCAGGAAGCUUUCCAUUCAACAUGGGUUGGUGGGCUUUCACCUUUCCAGUUGGUGCGUAUGCGAUGGGAACAUGUCAGUUAGGGAGGCAGCUGCCUUCUGCGUUUUUCAGGGUCCUGGGAACAGUCCUCUCGUUGAUAGUCGUGAUCCACUGGAUGGUCAUCUCUGUCAGUACACUCAAGGGAGUCGUCUCUGGAAAAAUAUUUGUUGCCCCCGGAGUCGCCAGUGUACAACGCCAGGGCAAAGAGGAGAAUGAUUUGGAAAGCAUAUCAUAA